CACGCCACAACAACGUGAAUCUUCUCAUCGCCGUAAAAGGAAGGCCUCCUCUCUCUCUCUCCAAAUCAAAAUCCGUAUUUGACCCCAAUUCACCCUCUCCCUCCUCCGUUUCCGUCGCCGUUUCUCCGCCGUCAAAUCCCUAAAUUUUCCGAAUCGGCGAUCCGAAAGAUGCAGAGAGCGCCAUGGCUGAGUCUGGGGUAGAUUUGACGACGAGGAGAAGCUCAAUUCCGAACGGGACUUCGGAUAUGGCAUUGUGCUCCCGCGACACGUGGUUCAUCGGCUGCCGGUUCCGUCUCCGAUCGGCGUUCGACUCGUAUUCCGUUGCCUGUGAGGCGUUUUCUGAACACCGUCUUCGUCUGAUUCCGGCCGCCGUUAGAAUCAAGCUGCUCUGAUAGCUUGUGUUUUUUUUGCGAGAAUCGUUUUCGUCUGAAAGAUUGUUUCUUUUGGUUGGAAUUUUUUUCGAGAAUGGAUUUCUGUGCUGGAUUGGUUGGUGUGAAAUCUGAUUGUGAUUUUGUCGAGGAAGAUCCCACUGGGAGAUUCUUAAGGUCUGAUGAAAUAUUGGGGAGGGGAGCAUUCAAGACUGUAUAUAAGGCUUUUGACGAAGUUGAAGGUUUGGAAGUGGCAUGGAGCCAGGUGCAUGUUGAGGAUGUGUUGCAGACGCCGGAGCAACUCCAGAGAUUGUAUUCGGAGGUUCAUCUGCUGAAGUCGUUGAAGCAUGAAAAUAUCCUCAAGUUCUGUAACUGGUGGGUCGAUGAUAAGAGCAAGACCAUCAACAUUAUCACAGAGUUGUUCACUUCUGGGAGCUUGAGGCAGUAUCAAAGGAAGCACAAAUGCGUUGAAUUGAAGGCCAUCAAGAAAUGGGCAAGGCAGAUUCUUCGAGGCUUGCACUAUCUGCAUUCUCACAAUCCUCCAAUUAUUCAUAGAGAUUUGAAAUGCGACAACAUAUUUGUCAAUGGAAAUCAAGGGGAAAUUAAAAUUGGAGAUCUUGGACUGGCAAUAGUCAUGCAGCAGCCUACUGCCCAUAGUGUGAUUGGCACUCCAGAAUUCAUGGCUCCCGAGCUUUACGAUGAGGAAUAUAAUGAAUUAGUCGACAUCUAUUCUUUUGGCAUGUGCAUGCUAGAAAUGGUGACUUGUGAAUACCCUUACAAUGAAUGUAAGAAUCCCGCCCAGAUUUAUAAGAAGGUUACUAAUGGUAUAAAGCCUGCUUCACUCAGUAAAGUGAGUGAUCCUCAAGUCAAGCAGUUCAUAGAGAAGUGUCUGGUUCCAGCAUCAAUGAGACUGUCUGCAGUGGAGCUCUUGAAAGAUCCAUUCCUUGCAAUUGACAAUUUGAAGGAGAUUACUUGUGCUCCAUUGGGAUCACACAAUUUGAUGCCCGUGUUACUGAACACGCCACAGCCUGAAGCUCGUCCGAUGGAUGUAGAUGCUAACUACCAGAAGAUUUCUGCUGGCUCUUGCAGAAAAAGUGUUGAUGCAACUUCCAUCUCAUCCAACCCCUCAGUUCUGGAGUUACAGAGAUUCACAGAGAAUAAUGCUUUCACUUUAAGAGCAGAGAAAAAUGCUGAUAAUACCAUCGCAUUGACUUUGCGUAUUGUUGAUCCAUGCGGUCAUGGUAAAACUAUCCAUUUUGAGUUCUACCUCGAUUCGGAUACUGCAAUUUCAAUUGCAGGGGAGAUGGCUGAGCAACUUGGUCUUUCAAAUGAUGAUGUCUGCGUAACAGCUGAGUUAAUUGAUAGCUUGAUUAUGAAGCUUGUACCCAGCUGGAAACCUACAUCUGAGAGUUCAUCAUGUGGAGCAAAUAGUUCAUGUGGGGAUCAGCGUGUACGUCAAAAUGGGUGCCCUUGGGGUUCCGCGCUGGUCAAGGCUGCAUCAAUGAUUUCAGAUAUCUCAGCCGAGUAUGGCACCACUACUGCCUCAGAUGCCACUAAGGUCAAAGUUCUAGAAUCAGACAAGUACAGUUUUGAUGACUGCUAUGAAGGUUCAGAUGGGUACGGUUCCAGCCCAGAUUGUAUGAUUCUUGGUCAGCUUAAGCAGAAGAAUUAUGAGGAUAAUUUUGGGGAUUCUCUUGUGAUGAAUGACUCAGCAAUGAACUCUACUAUCUGGAGCCCUGAUAGAUCAAAAACUUAUAGCUUAUCAAGCAUUUGUUCAUUGUUUGAGUUGUCUCUAAUGGAGAAACAUCCAGACGAUGGGUUAAAAGUGGAGCUGGAUUCAAUUGAUCUGCAGUUUCAUCACCGUUUUGUUGUGCUCUUGAAGAUGAAGGAAGAGGCAAUACAAAGUGCAAAGAAGAAGUGGAUAGCAAAGAAGAAAAUGGGUGAUAACUAAUAUACAUAUUAGAUAUUCUUUGCAAGGGUGGUUUUUUCUUUUCCCAUUGUUUGUUUUCUAUACUAGAGUUCAAGUCUGUCAUUUUUUAAACUCUGGCAAAAUCAAUUGUCUGCCGUUAGUAUCAUUUCAUUUAUUGACAGUAGCCAUCUGGUGAAUUUAUACUACUGAAUUUUUUUCUACAA